UCGGUACUUUUAAAUAACUACAAAAACAACAAUGAGUAGAAGAGAGAGACUAUUUCAUGAAUGGUUCAAUCUGUUCGCACUGAUCUGGAUGAUCAUCGCAGACAUCUGUUUCAAUGCACAUUGCUUGAAGGACCUGAAGAUUUUCGUGCCGGAAGCGGUGAUAAUGGGCAAUGCAGCGACGCUUUCGUGUCAAUAUGAUCUUGGACAGGCUGCGCUCUACUCAGUUCGCUGGUAUUUCGGCUCCGAGGAAUUCUAUCGCUACGUGCCCAAGGUGUCACCGCCCACGCUGGUCUUUCCGGUGUCUGGCAUUAAUGUCGAUCUUACAAACUCAGAUGCCACAUCUGUGACGCUGAAGGGCGUAAACCGUGAACUAACCGGCAACUAUCAAUGCGAAGUAUCCGAGGAUGCGCCGGUCUUUCACACCGAUAUUCGCGCCGCACACAUGCAGGUCAUCGAACUGCCCAAAGAUGAGCCGGCCAUGCAGGUGGACAAGAAAGUCAUCACGGCGAACGACAACUUCAAGGCCGUCUGCACAGUGGGACCAUCCUAUCCGCCAGCCAACAUAACUUGGUACAUCAAUGGCCGCAAGAUCUACAAAACCCCUUUCCAGCGCAUCAAUCAUGUCGCCUUUGAGGGAUCCGCCACCUACUCUUCCCUUGAAAUUUAUCCACACAGCCAAGUGAUACAGGGUUUCUUCCAAACGGUGCCCAAAUACCAAACGACGAGCAUUCUGUUGCUCUGCGAAGUCUCCAUACUGCAUGUCUUCCACAAGAACGUGCAACAACGUCUGCUGCUGAGCAUAGUGCCGCCCACCACCAUCUCACCAAAUCUGCUCGGCCUGGAAGUUUCGAAACGCAUCAACGGCGAUCCAGACAAUUCAGCACUCACUGGCGGCGGCGGUAGUAACAGCAGCAGCAAGCGGAUAGGAGUAGGCGAGGUCAUUGGUAUGGCACUCGCGCUGCUGGCGGUAGGUGUGUGCCAUGGCGCCAUGUUCGAUGAUCUCACAGACGGUAUCUUGCUAAUAUCUGCUGCUGGCAUACGGCUUGCUGUGGCGGGGACUUUGUCGCUGAGUCAGACAACAAUUGCUGCGGUGGCGUCGACAGCGAUGGCAGCAGCAGCUUCAGCAUCAGCUGCUGGGCUACAAACAAGGCGCCAGCUGUGACCUCGUGGCAGCACAUAAAUUAGUGACAACCUCAGUGAUGGCAAACCAAAUACAACAACAGCGAAGUAAAUACUCAUAGCAGCAACCGCAAUAACAACAACAACAGCGAAUGCAGGCGAAAUGAAAUACAAACUCGGCAUACAAACUAACAUCAGUGGAAAAGUGCUAAAUUUGCAGCAACAAAAAGCCGUAACAAAACUAAAUAAAUUGCAAAUAAUAAAAAUUGGUUUUGCUUAUCAAAUGAAAAUUGUGAAAAGGAAAAAUAAAUUAAAAUAAAUAUUUCAUUUAAAAACUGGAAAUAUGGAAAUCUGAAAAAAAUUGCAAAAAAGGAUAAACAAAUUAUAUGAAUAAUGCAAAACUAAUAAUAAUGAAAUUAAUUUAAAUAUUUGAUGACAACAAUAAAAGCAAAAUGCCGCAACAAAAAAUAAAGUAAUGGCAUGCAUACUUUAUAAGCAAAAAAAAAAAAAACAAAAAAGGACACUAGAACUGCAAAAAAAGCAUGAAUAAAUAAGUAAACACAAAUUCAAAAUAAUUAAAUGCAAAUUACGUUUUUAAGCAACAAAAUGAGAGCAGAUUGAGUGUAUGACAAAAAAAAAAAAAAACCAAAAAACGAAAGAGACUAACAAAAUAAAUUUUAAAUGUGCGUUAGUGGUUAAGUUAAGUGGCCGUGCGCGCAGGAUAAUUGGCCCAUUUAAGCAUCCUGACUGCAGAGCACAGCACCACACAAAUGCUACCAACGCUAUGCAUGCAUGUACAUAUAUACGAGUAUUUUACCGAGUACUAGAAUCAAAAUUUAGUUAUAAGGCUUCCAAAAAUCGCAGACUACAAAACGUUGUUGCAUACAUUCAGGCUGAAAUGAAGUAUAUGUAUUUACACAGCACAUUGAAAAGUGGGUAGGCGGCGUCGGAAAUGCAGGAAAUAAUAUUUUUUUUGUUUUCAAAACUAGCAUAAAAAUUAAUCAACAAUUGAAUUAUUUUUAAUUUUCUUAGUUUUGGUUUUAGUUUUAGCUAAUCAGGUGUUUAUUAUUAUCUUUUUAAUAUUCUCCUUUUUUAGUUGCAUACAUUUUUUGUUGUUUUUAUUAUUGACAUGCUCCAAUAUUGCAAUCCACAUCGUAAUUAAGCAUUUUUCCCCCUUUGUUCACUCCAAUCGGGAGCAUAGAGCCUCAACAAGACUCAGUCUUGCGUUGGUAUCCUUAAUCUAUUUUGCUUUCUAGAAGGGUAGGUGAUUAGCCUGCCGCUACCAGUCCUGAAUGAUGGGAAUGCCCACCUGUCAUUGCUUAGGAACAACGCCUUCUUAUUGCUUGAAGCGCCAUCUGUGCUUCACAUUCUUUUGACAAGACCAGGCCAAAAAAUAGGAUAAGAAGAAUCCAAGAAGAAUCUGAUUCUACCUGCUAAAACGACUGGGAAUAUCCUUCCAAAAAUUUGACAGUAUUUUCUUAAAAGCCUAUACUUUUUAAAUAUAGACCACUGUGACCCCUUCAUUUGUUUUCCACCACAAUUAUAGGCGCUUUACGAGAGUUGUUUACAUUAAUCUCACUUUUAUUUGAGCAGAGACUCCUAGAGCAGAAAGUCCAAUAUUAUUUAUGCAUCCAACAUUACCAACAGGUGCAUUAGCUGUACUAGCAGGCGCAGCAGCAGCUGACUCCGCCGCCAACAUUGGCGUCGUCUUCGCUCGCACUACAUUAUAGGAGUCAUCAGCAUUAGAGCUCGAUACAGUGAGUACAGCGGGCUUCUCAUUGGGCAAUUCGAUAAAACACGAAGAUGGAGACAAAUUAACGAAGAGAAGCUUUUCAGUUAUUGCAGCAUUUGUUGAUUUUUGUUGCCUUUAGAGAGUUGAUAUUUAGUUGUUGCAGGCAUCUGUCUUACCUGCACUGGUAUUGGUUAUAUAUGCAUAGUUAGCAACAACAUUGCGUAAACUUUAAAUUUGAGAACAUAAGGAAGAGAUGACCGCAUUGUGAUCAUUGUUUAUUGCAUAUAGAGAGCGAACUUCAGCACACAAGCUAUCACACUUUUGGGAUAACUGAGAAUUAACAUUGCUUAGAGCAUUUAUCACAGUAGGCAUUUGCGAAUAUCCGGAGCGCAGAGCGUUGAAAGUUUCAAAGCAAUAUUGAGCAGUGUUUUAUGGUGACUAUUGGAUUUAUCACUUGAAUAGUAAUCAGGCUCCAAAUUUUAUUAGCAAUAGAUACAGAAAUAGGGGGCGGAGAACGAAUAGAUAUGACCGACACUAAAGUGGAGACGUACUACAACAAUAUUGUUUAUUAGAUGUGAGCAGAAAAUCAAAAUCAGCCGAUGACAGGGUAACACAUUUCAAAUUAAACAGGUCAUAGCACUUUGCACACAACAGCUUUGCUUGAUUACGAGCAGCUUUUAUAUUGCAAGCACUGAAUUUGAUGUUAAAUAUUUAGUUUUUAUUCAUUAGAUAAGUUUUCUAGGAUUUAUUUCCUAAAUAGAGUCACUGUUUUAAAGCGUGAAAUAGGCACGAAUACAAUUACUAUUGGCAAAGUCACUAGGAAAUAAACACAGGCUGAGGAACGAAGUAAAACACGUCCGUAUACGGCAACAUUCAUAUUCGUAAGUAUUUACUAUGUAGUCUGAGGCUUAAAAUAUUGGUUAAUGCGCAUUUUAGUUCUGGGUCACUAUGUGCGAGUGUCUAUCUUCUUUUCUUGCCCAAAAUCUUUGAAGAAAAAUUAGAAAAAAAGUUGCAAGCAAAAUUCGUGUUAUUAUUAGAGCAAAGCGUUUAAUUAACUUUAUUGUUACUCUUCGAUUUUUUGAGAUAAUUCUUUUAAAAUUUUUUUCUUUUAUUUAAAA